AUGGAGAACGCAUCCAAGCCCACGCCCUUCAUCUCAGGCAAGAAAGUCAUAGUGAGCGGUGCCGGAAUUGGUGGUCUUGCAUUCUCAAUCGCCAUUCAAAAACACCAUGAACUCCACUAUCCCACUCAACCUGCGCCAAUCGUCAGAAUUUACGAAAGAGACUCGGAGUCAUCAGCUAAAAACCGAGAGGGUUAUUCUAUGUCCAUCCGCAGUGAUGGAGUCUCAAGGGGAAUGCAGAUGCUUCAAAACCUGGGAAUCAUGGAGGAUAUCAUAGGCGCAGGAGUCCAAGGAAUGGAAAAGAUUCAUCUCAAGCUAUGGGACAGGCAAUGGGAGGAGAUUAUAAAUGCGAAAAUUGACAGAGCGGAUCUUCCUCAACCACUUGUGAGAGGGGCCAGGCGCGUCUUGAAGAAACACCUACUCGAAGUGAUACCAAAGGAAACUGUUAUUAGUUGGGGGGUCACCUGUGUUGGUGCAACGAAGCUUGAGAGUGGCAAGACGAGUGUUGAAUUCAGUGAUGGAACAAGCGAAGAGUGCGAUCUUUUGAUUGCGGCAGAUGGAUCGAAAAGAAAACUUCGAGCUUUACUGCGACCGGAUGAUGCAGUUCAAUUUGCUGGAGCAUUUCAAAUUAUUGGUACUGCGCACUUUCCAGACGGUAAAAUACCCCACCCAAUAUCGCGAGCGUUUGGGCUCUAUCUCAACGGAAGUGGCAAUGGAAGCUUUGUUUCACCAAUUGACGAAACUCAUGUUGUGUGGACCGUAAGCCAUCUAUCAAAGGAGUCAAGAGAGCCUCGAAAAGAUCCUGAUGCUCUAAUGAAGGAAGUUAUUGAGCGCUCACAAACCUUCAAAGAGCCAUUUUUCACAUUACUUAGAGCUACGGAGCCUACAUCCAUCAGGGAGUUAGUCGUUGAGGAUAAGCAGCCUUUUGGACAUGAUUCCCAGCUUUUAGAAAGAGUUGUGAUAUUUAUUGGUAAUGCAAAUCAUGCAGUCAGUCCCUUUGCAGGCAAUGGGGCCAACCUUGCAAUGAUGGAUGCAUGGGAUCUAGCCGAGCAACUUAGUACGAAGGAAACUUUGGAGGAUGCUUUGAAAGCUUACGAUACAGUCAGUAUGCCGAGGGCGAGGAUUGUGAUUAAGCACUCGCACAUGCCAAUCGCGUUCGCACAUUCAACAGGCUGGAAAUUGAUGCUGUUCAGCUGGGUUUUGAAGUUGUGGAAUCGCUUUCGAGGGUGGUAA